AUGCGAAUUUUUAUAUCUGCAUUGGUUGUGCUGCUGGCAUUAUCUCAUGCUGAAUGUGACACCAAAGCCCGCGUAGUAUGCUACUACACCAACUGGGCGGUGUACCGCGAUGGCAUAGGUCGGUACAGCGUCGAAGAUAUCCCAGUUAGUCUCUGCACUCAUAUACUGUAUUCCUUUAUCGGACUUACUGAAACCGGCGAAGUCAAAAUACUGGACCCUGAGUCGGAUAUCGAAACAAAGGGAUUUGCAAACUUUACGUCCCUCAAAGUGGACUAUCCUGAAGUCAAAUUCAUAGUAGUGAUUGGCGGCUGGAAUGAAGGCGGAGCCAAGUACUCCAAAAUGGUGUCUACGAGAGCUUCAAGGAAAACCUUUAUUGAUAGCAUAAUAAAAUUCAUAAAUGACUACGGCUUUGAUGGUCUCGAUUUGGACUGGGAAUACCCAGGAGCGACCGACCGAGACGGCAAACCAGAGGAUAAAGCUAAUUUCCUUGCUCUUUGUCAAGAGUUGAGAGUACCUUUUGAUGAACAGGGCUGGGAGUUAACUGCUGCAGUUCCGUUGACUAAACCCAGACUCGAAGAUGGCUACGAUGUACCUGGACUUUGCAAAGUACUUGAUGCUGUCCACGUGAUGGGUUACGAUCUUCGCGCAAACUCGGAUGGAGUCGCAGAUAACCACGCUCCUUUAAACAGGCGACCGAGCGACUUGGGUGCCUUGAAACAUGUCAAUGUGCGUGAUGGUCUUCAACUGUGGGAGGACUUAGGUUGCCCUGCCAACAAGCUUGUUGUCGGAGUCCCAUUCUACGGUCGGUCCUUCAUACUUGCUUCGCCUUCAGAAACUGGUAUAGGCGCUCCAAUUAACGUGACCGCUGGUGGCGGCGAUCCUUUGCCUUAUACUGAAGAAAGAGGUUACUGGGCAUAUUUUGAGAUUUGCUCAAAACUGCAGAACGAAGAAGGCUGGACUAAAGUAUGGGACAACAUUGGAAAAGCCCCCUACGCUUACAAAGAUAACCAAUGGGUAGGCUACAGUGACGUGAGAAGUCUCCAAAUCAAGAUGGAAUUCAUCAAGAAGAAGGGCUACCUCGGAGCUAUGACCUGGGCUUUAGAUUUGGACGAUUUUAGAGGCCUCUGUGGAGAUAAGCUACCGUUGUUAAGUACGCUACAUACGUACAUGAAUACUUAUACAGUGCCGGAACCAGUGUGUGAUUAAAAGAUAAGGUUAUCACACAUAUAUCGAUUUGGAAAGGGAACGUCCAGAGUUAAAUACGUAAUCAAAAUGACCACCAGCUUCCGGGCUAUACGGAGAGACGUUAGUUUGGUUACGCUUAGGGCCUGUAGCCAUCAAUUCUCUUUCUAUGAACGCUAACGCUUAGAAAAUUAAAAAUGUAUGGGAAUGACAUUCACUAUCGAUUGGUCACGUGAUCAAUUAAUCGAUUAAAUCUAUCAUUCCUAUACAUUUUGUUAGUUUUCGAAGCGUUGAUGUUUGUAGAAAGAGGAUCGACGUGCCACAUGGCUAUCGUCCCUGGCCCUGGCGCUGCUUACUGUGCUUUGCAAUUUCGUAAGAAAUUUCAAAACAGAAAUACUGGACGGUGUCGAUGCCUUUCCGAGUUUAUAUGUA